AUGGCCGACUCCAAGGAUGCAGCGCCGGCCGUGCCAGUCCCGCGCUCCAACCGGCCUGUCAGUGAAGCUCUGCUUAACGAAAAGUGGGACCGCGCAAUCUCUUCUCUCCUCAUCCGAUCCGGCCUAGGUCUCUCCUUCGGCGUCGUAUUCUCUGUUCUCCUAUUCAAAAGAAGGGCGUGGCCCGCAUGGGUUGGAUUAGGUUUCGGUGCCGGCCGAGCUUGGGAGGAAGCCGAUGCUUCAUUCCGACGCGGAGACCAGCCUUGGAAAAAACAGGCCCAGCAACAAAAGUCGUGA